GCUUUGAGGGGAACUCUACCAUGCAGUCCAUCAUGAAUUUCAAUGGACUCCAACGCCGGGGAAGUGAGGACAGCUACAUUCUGGACAAUUCUGUGAUGAAGAAAGGCCGCCUGUGGUACCGGCUUUCACUGAAGGGCAGCAAUGAUAGAUACCACAGCAACAGCGAGACUCUGCCCAGGGGAUGGAAACGGACUCAGCAAACCAGCACCAACUCGCUGAUUGACUACGCCGACCCCCAGAGGACCACAGUUGUACUGAAGAAGGAAGACAACGAGUCAUUUGGAUUUGAAAUUCAGACCUAUGGCGUGCAGGUGAAGAACAGUUCGGCGGUGGAGAUGUGCACGUUUGUGUGCAAGGUACAAGAGGACAGUGCUGCUGAGAGUGCUGGCCUAACCACAGGUGACGUCAUCAUCAAGAUCAAUGGCGUGAGCAUUGAAGGAUCAUCACAUCAGCACAUAGUUGAUCUGAUUCGAGAGUCCGCCAACUUAGUGAAGCUGGAGACUGUAUUCAACACUGUUGUGAGGCGGAUUGAGCUGGAGAAGAAGGUGGCUUUGCUCAAGCAAAGACUACGAGAGAAGUUGUCGGCGCUACAAGCCCUUACGUUACAGGAAAAGCGCUUGAUGCGAGCUAACCUGAAUGACACCAGCUCACAUCCCUCCUUGGAGUCCCAGGUCUCCCAUGACUCCCUCACAGACAGCGAUGGCCGACGUUUGUCUAGCAGCAGCAGCUGGAGGAGUGUGAUGACCGAGGACAGUGUGUUCGGUGACCUUUGCUCUCCCAGCUCCGGCAGUGCAGCUAGCACCUCGGAUGACAGCUGCUUCUUCUCCAGAGAUUUUACAGGCCCCAGGAGACCCAUAUCCAGUCCCAGCCCUCAUCAAAACCUUCAUCGCACAAGCAGCUCAAGUUUGGCUGGCAGUAGCAGCUCUAUUUCCCCUAUCUGGGACGAAGCCAGGGCCUCCACUUUGUUUGGUACUCUGCCAAGGAAAGGCCGUCGAGUUAGCGUUCGCAAACAUAUUCUCAAGUUAAUCCCCAGGCUGCAGAACUCAGUUGAGGAAGAAGAGAUGGGACCGAAUGCUGAGGCCGCCGCAACUUAGGUGGCAGCUCGUUCUUUUGUCUUUGACAGAAAUAAACUCUUGAGUUCAGUGUUCAAGAGCUCCUACCUGUGAUGGAGCUGAAGGCUAACAAGACCACUGGUGCUUAAACCUUGUUCACAGACUGAAAAUGGGAAAAUGGACCUAUUGAAAAAUGUUUCACACUUAAAAAAGACAGAGGACAGGAGUUCCUGUUUUAAACAUGUUUUUUUUUUCUUGAGGGGAAGAGAGAGAAAAAAACCCAGACAUUAUAGUCUGUCUUUCCUCUCAUACCAGUUCAGCGUAGAGGAUUCUGAGCUUUGAUGGAGCACAUGACUCAAAAUCAGCCUCACAGUAUGUUAUUAUAAAAAACACAAAGCAUUAUGAAUAUGAAAAAUGUUCAUCAAUUGAACAAACCUUGGGUGUGUUAUGUAGAAAAGACUGUGGCAAUGAAUGCAUGUAGCAUAUACGCAAUAACAUAACUGAAAAAGCAUUUGCUUUGCCACUAUGAGAGAGAGUGAGGGAUCGACAUUGAUCGUCAUAACUGUAAAAACUGUUGCACGCAGAAUUCAGACGCUGUAUUCAUGUUGCACUUCUUAGUGUGAUCACAGUAUGAUCCAAAAUGAUGUGCAAGCCUCCUCUUGUUUCCCAUGCAAACUGUAUAAUUAUGAGAGAGUUGAUGUGGUAUUUUAUUUGAUGGGUCCAUGUCGACAGUUCACUAAUGUUGACAGCUUACCUGCAGCUCUGGCAUGUUCACCUAUGGAGCUCAAAACCCAUAGCCCUUCACCACACAGACAACUUCUCAGAUCAAAACAGGAUGUGGGAAGAACAGCUACUACCGAUUUACGUAUUUUCACUUCCAAAAUCACUUUCAGGUUAUGUACAAUUCGUUGUCAGUGUUUCACAAACACACUGCUGCACAGAAAAGGUUUGCUGUGUUUUACCAAUACGUUAAAAGUAAUAUGAUGAUGCGAUGGUGCAACAUACAAUGAAAGAGCAGGUAAUUCUUACUGAUGCUCUAUCCUGUGUUUUGUCCUUGCUUGUGUGUUCCUGACAACAAAAUUGGACCAAAAUUUGUCUGACCAGGACAUUUGACUUGUAAAAAAUGUAAAUUUACAUGAAUGAAAGUGAAUAAAGGUUUAUUG